AGGCUUAAGAAUUGCUUAUUUCUAAACGUCUCUGGAUACCUCACGUUUCCUGCAAAGACAGAAAAGGAACAAUGUCGGGACCAAGACCCGUGGUGUUGAGCGGCCCCUCCGGAGCAGGGAAGAGCACACUGCUGAAGAAGCUGAUGAAGGAUCAUGAGGGGGUGUUUGGAUUCAGCGUGUCACACACGACAAGAAACCCUCGACCAGGGGAGGAAGAUGGCAAAGGGCUGAACAAACUCCCUAUGCUUCUGGGGGCUACAUUACUUCCUGUAGCAGCCAUCUUUUCCUCUGAAACCUCAUUUUCGUGUCCAAAUGAAUCAGAACCACCAGAUAAAGACUAUCACUUCACGACAAGAGAGGCCAUGCAGGAGGGUAUCGACAAUGGAGAGUUCAUUGAGAAUGCAGAGUUUUCUGGCAACAUGUAUGGGACAAGUAAGGCUGCUGUGGAAGAUGUACGAGCUAAGAACCUGAUCUGCAUCCUUGAUGUGGAUAUCCAGGGCGUGAAGCGGAUCAAAGAAACUGACCUGAACCCCAUCUAUAUCUCCAUCCAGCCUCCAUCCAUGGAAAUCCUGGAAAAACGUCUGAGAGAUAGGCAUACGGAGACAGAGGAGAGUUUACAGAAACGUCUUGAGGCUGCACGAAUUGAUAUGGAGCUUAGUAAGGAGGCUGGAGUGUUUGACAUUGUUAUCAUCAAUGAUGACCUAGAGAAGGCCUACGAGGAGCUGAAAGAAAUCCUUAAAGAGGAAAUCAACAAGGUUCAGGAGACCAAAUGAACCAAAACCAAUCACCCAGUUGUUUUGCUACUUGUGACUCUGAUCAGAGUAACUCAACCAGAGAUUGAACACAGUUCAAGAGAUCAGAGGAAAAAAAAGCUUCUUCUUUCUAUUUAUGUCUCUUGCACCUUUGCAUUUUCCAUACAGGCCAUGAAAUGCUGGUGUCUUGAGUGAAAAGUUUUUAUUUCUAAAUGAGACUUUGUGUUGUAGUUAGAGAAAACAAAUAUGUGAUCUAUAUGUUUUAAUAUUUGAAAUCUAUUAAAUGUGACACUUUUCUUCUGGCCUCUAUUAAACACCUUUGGCACUUAUUUCCUUUAGCAAACACAGGGUUUGCAAAUAGUUUUCCAUAAAUUAGAAGUUAUGGGUUCUUUUUGCUUCCUAAGAAGUUCUGAAGCAUAAAUAGAAAUCCUCAAAAUUAUUUAUAGGAGAUUUUUGUAAUAUUGUUAGGCUUGGAAUUAUCUGACCCACAGAAACACAGCAAGUAAGA